UGGCAUUUACCGUGUAUCACUUACCUCAUCUCUGUCGGCUCCAAGUCGAGGUGUUAGGACCACAGAUCCAGGUCUGUGGUUAGGACUUUUCGUGGGCUAUUGGAAUUUUUGCGGAUUGCAAUGGAGACCCUGCAGUGGGCGACAGGUGAGACAGAAGCAUUCUUGGAUAUUCUUGAGGAACGGAGAAGUAGUAGUGACCUGAGCCAUGCCCUAAGGACGUUUUCUCCGCCACCCUACAAGGGACACCCACCCACUUCAGCAAGUGUCCUCAACCAAACAGUGCUUAACUCACAGAGCUUGCAUGAUGUUGCCGAAGAGAUGGCCAAAGAAAGUGGGGAACCUUUGGAAAACAUCAAGGAGAAAGCUGCUGAGAUACUGAGAGAGAUGGCACACAACCUCCAGCUUUGCUGCAUUCGAUUCCUGGCAUAUACACUCAGCAAAGUUCUGAAGAGGGUCUAUCACAGGAUAAUGGUGAAUGAGGAAGGCAUGAAUAGGCUUCGGGAGGCCAUGCAGGAGCACCCAGUCAUCUUGCUGCCCAAUCACAGAUGCUAUGCAGACUUCCUGGUUCUCUCAUACAUCCUGUUCACCUAUGACCUCUCCAUACCAGUCAUUGCAGCCGGCAGAGCUCUCAUGGGGAUGAGGCUGAUGGGAGAGGUUCUGCGGCGCUCUGGAGCAUUCUAUAUUGGCAGAGGAAUUAGGGCCGAUAAACUCUACUGGGCAGUGCUGUCAGAGUAUGUCCACACCAUUGUGAGAACUGGGCAUGCCCCUGUGGAGUUCUAUGUGGAAGGAUGGCGAAGCCGAACUCUGAAGUCUCUGAAUCCAAAGCUAGGAAUGAUGCAGAUGGUUCUCGAUCCUUUUUUUAAGGGUGAGGUGUAUGAUGUCAGCCUGGUACCUAUCAGCAUCAGCUAUGAGCGGGUGCUGGAGGAGUCUCUGCUGGCCCAUGAGCUGCUGGGUUUUCCCAAACCAAAGGAGUCCACUCUGGGCCUCUUAAAAGCUCUAUAUUUUCUGGAGGGACACUAUGGCUCUAUCCACUUGCGUUUUGGCCAGCCCAUCUCUGUGAGAGAGCUUUUCAAAAGCAGGAUCACAUAUAAAUCAGGCCCCAGAAACAUGCCCCCUGAGGGUGGCGAAGAGGCAUUUGUCCGUGUCCUAGCGCAUGAAGUGGUGCGCCUGCAGGAGAGGGGUAUGGUCGUAAGCCCCUGGAGCCUAGUUGCCCUCAUUCUGCUCCAAAACCCUGAGGGUCUGGACUUGGACAUGCUUACCAAGCGUACCACCUGGCUCAGGGAUCUUGUCCUGAAGUUUGGGGCUCAUCUGGACUGGCCUGGACACAUGUCUGUUGAGGAUGUGAUGUCAUCCAGCUUGUCUCUGCACCAGUCAGUGGUGUGUUGUGAGGAGGGUCGGGUGCAGCUGCUUGAGGAGGAGGGGCCUGGAGACGAGGGGGCCGUCACACCUGAGACGGGCGUGUUCAGACGAGCAGUUAUCAGGCUCAUGUGUGCCUCCUACAGGAACCAGGCCAUGCAUGUGUUUGUGCGGCCUACUCUGGUUAUUAUGGCGAUGGCAUCCGUCCCCAGCAGCAAAAAGGAGGAUGUUUUGGAACGCUUUAAAUUUCUGCAAGAGCUUUUCGCCGGUGAGUUUGUCUUUGUGCCUGGAAUGAGUGUGCAGGACUUUGAUGAGGCUUGCUCACAGUUAGAGAGGUGUGGGGUGCUACAGACUUCUGAUCAAAAAGUGGUUUUAAUGGAUGACGACACAGCAAAGUUUCUUCAGACCAUUAUCCAGCCCUUCAUACAAACAUAUCAGGCCGUUUUUCAUCAUCUUAUUGAGGAUACCACACUGGUUUUCACAGAGGGGCAGUACGUAACAGCAGUGCGUUCCUUCUGUCUGAAACUCAUCCUUGAUGGUGAGCUCCAGACCUAUGAGGCUUUGUCCUCUGACAUGCUGAAGAAUGCCUUGCAUGCACUGGUUAGGAUGGGUGCUGUAUCAAAAACAAAAGUAGGUGACCAGAAUGAAUUCAGGGUCAACAAAACCGCCACCCAAAGCAUUGGAGACUCAUUGGGUACAAGACCUUCUAUCAACUAAGCUGCCCAUUAGUGCAGUCAUGUACUGUAAUGGUUUUGCCAAACCAUCAUAUUUUUGUUCACUUUUUUGACGAUUGAAUAAUUUCUUUUAUAUAGGCCAAAAUGUUUGAUAUGAACUUGAGUCAUGACGGUAUUAUAGUCUUAUCUUUACUUUCUGUGUAUCAUAGCCUACAUGUUGAGUUGUCAAAUUACUUUUUAAAUCUGUUUUUCGGAUUUUUUUUCACUUUGGGAAGGAUAUGAUGGCUUGGUGGUUUGGAUGGGUGAGAAUCUGUUAUAUGUAUACGGAUACGUAUACCAUAUGUAUAUGGUACUACUUUGUGUUUAAUUUGAACUAAUAUGGUAUUACAUGUAAAAAAUAAAAAAUGAUUAUUAAAUUGUUUGAAAAGAGAAAAAACUUUUCUUCACCAAGGCACUCCAAAAAGUAUAGUUAAAAUGUCUUUAUUAUUAUGACAUGUCCAUUAAGGACUUUUAAAAUGGCCCACGCGUAGCGGCAGUUGAGCCUUCUUCAGGGCAUAGUGAUACUGGCACAGUGAAGCCUUUUGUUAGACAAACAUUCCACCUGUUGACUAGUUGAUUGCCCACAAUUAGUGCACCUCCCCCACCACAGACUUAAGUGUAGCUAAGACCCGCCCCCUCAAACAGGUACUUGAAAACAAUUACAAAAAAUAGCAGAUCCAGUAUAUUAAACAUUUCAAAAAGUAGAUACUGAGUACAAUAGCAGUGAUAAAAUACAAAAGAACACAUUGUUACAAAAAAGGUCUGUAGUCCAUUUCCUCAUUAAGACCUGGAUGCUCCAUUGCCUUGAAGCUCCAGAUCCAAAAGGUUUCUCUCUGUAGCAACCUUUUCAAUCUGUCCCCACCCCGUACGGCCAAUAAAGACAUUUUAACUAUACUUUUUGGAGUGCCUUGGUGAAGAAAAGUUUUUUCUCUUUUCAAACAACUUUUUUGACAUUGAACCUUGAACCAAAGAGCACCCACAAGAAUACUUUUUUCAUCUUCCUAAAGGGACUGAGCACGCCUCUGACUUCCAAACAUGAUUAUUAAAUUGUUUAUAUAAUCGAUGUCAGACCAAAUGCCUAUUCUAAAAUUGUCAAAAAUGUUUUACAUUACAUUAGCCUACAUUACAUUGCAUUUCGCAGACACUUUUUAACCAAAACGACACAAUCAAGGACAUAAUUGCCAACAUCACUAGCUACAUACAAAGUAAACAGGAAAUAUAGCCUACAGCAGUGGUUCUCAAACUUUUUGUGUGAAGUACCACCCCAGAAGAUAUUGAGCUCUCCGAGUACCACCUUGACAACCAACAUAUGAAUAUCACAGAAAAGGCCUUCCAUAUUCACUUUUGCCAAUCAAUACAGGAGAGGUUCAUAACAGCAUCAACAGCUAUGGUCACAUUCAGUGCAAGUUUGUUUUUAAAUGUCUUGCUUGCCUUGUAUUAUUCUGCAUUAUGUUUUCAGAUUCAUACAGUUCAAUAUUAAAAUGUAAGACCAAAGAGACAUUUUCGACUGCAACAACUUGAUCAGCCUUCAAAUCAAUGCACAAAAAAUGAAUACUUCUUCCAAGUACCACCAGAGAUGUCUCAAGUACCACCAGUGGUACGCGCAGAGGCGAUUCUAGGGUCAGGUGGGGCCCCAAGCGAAAAUGCAAAAGAAUGAGCAUUUGAACUAAAAUCGCCACUACCGUGGUAAAAUGUGGGCUGUUAUUCAUUAUCUUGGGGCUUG